AUGUUCAAAGAUGAUGGAACAAUCGGUGCUGGCGAGUUGGGGAAUCGUACUCUUGGCGCAAAAUCCGUAGAAGAAUAUGGUCGAACACAUUCUGCGCGUCUGACUGCCACCACAUUUGAUCAGAAUCUGGACACACAAACUAUUGGUGAUGGAGUCGAUGAAAUGAAGUUUCGUGCUACUGAUUCGGAUAAAAUAGCUCUUAUUCUUCUUGUUGAUGAUAAUGCUGAUAUAAGAGUUAUUGCUCUUAGAUCUAAUCCGACUACGCAAUUUAUCCCGGUGAUUUUAUUGUCGGCACGUGCUAGCGAGGAGAAGAGCAGUGAAGGUUUAGAAAAAAGAGCAGACGAUUACUUAACCAAACCAUUCAAUGCUCGAGAAUUAUUCGCACGUGUCCGCGUAAACAUCCAACUCUCGAAAUUACGUCAUGAGCUGGUCUUACAACAACCGAGUCAAAACAACUCUUAUUCUCGAUCAGCAGUAAAAUUCGAUCUGGACUUAAUAUUCAAGAAAUUCUUUCGACCGCCGUCAAGGAAAUUCAUCGCAUUCUUCCCUGUGAUUCGUUAUUGGUGCUUUAUAGUGACCCGAUGA